AUGGUCGAACUCAGCCGUGUCGUCGGUGGACCGGUCGUCAACAGCUAUGCGGUCCAAGAUAAGGUGCAAGAGGCAGAGCUGGACCCUACAAUGAUCAUAGAGGACGAGCUGUUCGCCGCCGAAGCUUGGGAGCCAUGUUCGGUCUGUGGCGCUGCCGACGAGACGCAUGAACUCAUGUACUGCGACCGUUGCGACAAAGCGACCCAUGUCUUCUGCGCGGGCUUCGAUGAGUCGCCAGAGAUUUGGUAUUGCGAGGAGUGUCACACGAACAUGGACAAUGGCGACGCUACCACGAGAGUCACGCCCGGUGCCCGCCGGAGGACUCGAGGACGCAUGCCUACCGGACGACGACAGACUCGUGGCCGCAAUGAUCCAACAUGGGCACGUGUGUGGCAAGAAGUAUCACGACGCCUGGACUUCGACCUCGACUUUCCUUUUGAUGACGAUACCGGCGACCAGCGGACAGAAGAGCAGCGACGCGAGUUCUCGCGCUGGGAAAGGCGGUUCCAGGUCGCAAGCCAACAAGGUGCUGCCAAUAGACUGCGAAACAUUGCGAAUGCACAGAUACAGCAAGCUGAGCCAGCGUAUCGACCUGCGCCAGAGUCGCAAGAAGAGCUUCGCGCCUGGAAUGCCUUCGACAAGGCACGCGAGUCGCAGGACGCACCGACCCAUGUGCGCCGCAGAAAGCGAAAGAGGACCGCCUCGCCAUCAUCUUCCGGACAUGAGGUUACGACGAACGAGGCACCCCAACAGAAGCGACCUCGCUUGCGGCGACCCAGAGUCGUCGCUCCUGAGCCUGAGCAGAACGGAGAGUCGUCGGCUGAUGUUGCUCAACGACCUGGCGAUGGACCUACGUUCCUAUCCUCGUUAUUGCGAGAGGUGGAGAGCAAGCCAGUCUCUGCCAGCUCACCUGGCGCUUCCGACCAGCAGAACGGUCAAUACUCACCCCGCGACUCACCACCCGCGCCAUCGGCAUCCUCUUCAGAUUGCGGCACGCCUCCACGAAGACUUUCAGCAACCCCACCGCCUCCCGCGACUCGUCGACUUCCAGUGUCUCCGCCGUUGUCGUCCACGAUAGUGCCGUUGUCUUCACCAAUGGGAGCUACGUUCUCGCCUUUCUCACCGACACAAACCUCCGCCAAGGAACAGCGCCGCGGCCGGCGGCACCAGGACAGUCCACACGCCAGCGAUGACGAAGCACCACAAGAUCGCGCUUCAUCAGCUUCACCUUCGCGCAACUUAUCUUACUCUGCCAAGGAGGAGAUCCAAAGAAUGGUCAAGCUUUCCCUCCGGCCCCGUUACAACAACACAGAGAUCACCAAGGACCAGUACACCGACAUAAAUCGCGACGUGUCCCGGAAACUGUACGAGCUCGUCGGCAGCGCAGCUGCAUUGUCCGAUCAGGCGGAGAGGGAGAAGUGGCAGGGUGUAGCUGAUGACGAGGUCAAGAAGGCUGUCGACGCAGCCAACGGGACCGCAGAAGACGAAUAA